CCAAUAGCAAUUAGAAUUAAACAUCAUUAUAAUUGUAGCAAUAUUAAAUUUGUACUAAUCAUUCCAACAAAUUAAGUUAAAAUAAAAAGACAAUGUGUUAAAUAUAUUUUGUCAUAAUUGUGUUUAGUUUUAAUCUAACCUGAGCAAAAAGUGCUCAUUAACUUGGCUGGUGUUCUACAGACUGAGCUAUCCCGCAACCUGACACUUUAUCUCCUAAAUUGACUUAUUCAAAACGUGAUAUAAGAUCAAAAUUACAUUUAUUUGAGUAACCAGCAGGACUUCAAUAUUAAGGGUAGAUGACUACAGAUUUAUUGAUUUCUAUGGUUUGUCAUACUUUUUUCGACAGCUUGAUGGCCGACUUACAGAGCAUUAGCAACAGUUUCAGCAGCAACUUCUCCAACAGCAGCAACUUCUCCAACAGCAUCAACCACUGCAGCAGCGAAAACAACAACUCCAGCAGCAAUCAACCCAGCAGCAGCAACAACCACCCCAGCAACAACAACCGCAGCAAAAACAAAUCCAGCAACAACAACCAGAUCCUCAACCAGAUUGUCAAGACCUGCCUGUCAACAGGACAUAAUUAUGGCCCAGCUGCUAUUAGACAUCACUGGCAUAACAGAUGCCAGUAAGGCUGCAAAGAAGUUGUUUCGCCGCCUGUAAAGGGAGGAGUGAAAUAAAACGAAGGACUGUGAAACACUAGAGUACUUGAAAUAUUCUGUUUUGUUAAGAGUGUAUAUAU